ACAGCUGGCCCCCGGGGCAACAGCUCUACAGCGCUGCACAGUAUCAAAACAAUCACACCCAAGGCUUACUUAGUUUUGGGGGAAAAAAACAACUAUCAAUGGCAGUAGCGGUGGAAAAGCAAGAACCAGUACAGCAGCUCCUAAAGCAGGGAGCAGAAGGGAAACUGUACAUCGGCACCUACAAAGGCAACCGGUGUUUGGUGAAGGAACGCUUCGAGAAGAAAUACCGCCAUCCGGCACUCGAUCGACAGCUCACCCGGCAACGCAUCAAAGCGGAACAGAAAGCCUUCCAACGAUGUGCUGCCGCCGGUCUGUCCACCCCAGCCCUUUACGGCGUGGAUUUAGAGCAGCGCAAGAUCUACAUGGAAUAUCUGGAGCGCAGUCGUACGGCUAAAGAGUUUAUCGACGAGCUGACGGCAACCACGCCGGCGGAUGCUUUGAGCGAAUCAGCUCAGCUGAAGCAGCUUGCUGAACAGAUCGGCCACAUGGUGGGUGUGCUGCAUCGAAACAAUCUAGUGCACGGUGAUCUGACCACCUCCAACAUGCUGCUCGAUCCGGUGGAAAAGGGUGCGGAAGAGUCCGUCUUCCCGUACCGUCUCGUGACGAUCGACUUUGGGCUGUCCCACUUUAGUGAUAACCACGAAAACAAGGGUGUCGAUUUGUACGUGCUCGAGCGAGCGAUUCUAAGCGCUCACAGUCAACUGCCGGGCUUGUUCGGUAUGAUACUGGAGGCGUACCGUGAGCACAAUACGAACCAUUGCAAGGAAACAAUCGCCAAGUACGAAGAGGUACGGGCCCGUGGCCGAAAGCGAACGAUGGUGGGUUAAUGUGAGAUGAGUGCCUCGUUGAAUGUUUAUUGAACGUUGUCUUAAAGCGAAUAAAAGCGUACGCUAACGAAUUA